AUGGCGCUGAAUGCAAGGUCGCAAGACCGAUACUCCGUCGCGGAAGAAGUUAUUUUCACUGGAAAUUUGAACGUCACUAGCGAUUUAAUUUUGAUAAGCGGUCAUUUAAUAUCGAUUCUUUGUUCUUUUCAGAUAGCCCAAACGACCGACACGAUUUCAAAGAGCCAUGGAAUGGCUGAAAUGAUUGAGAUGUCACUCGUACAUUAUCCUGAUGCGAGCAUUCGGUCCACGAUUAUUUUUGUUUCACUUAGAGAUUACAAGCACUUCGGAGACGUGAUCGGGCACGUGGGAAGAGAUCCUAUUCUCUUAGUAUCAGCAGAGACAGCAGCUAUCAGACAGAAAUUGCGUUUUAACGCAAAGUUUGCGAAAAUUGUCAAGAUUACGGCAGUACUCUUCGCGGCCACCGAUGAAUAUCGUGUUGUGCCACGUACUUCCAGACGACUGUCCGAUGAAGAUCGCCUUGAAGAUGGUCUUCCACCUCGUAAUACUUACGAGACCGCUGAUAUCGCCAGCGUCUUCUCUUUACUCAUAAAUAUGGAACUCCCAGAUACCAUGUAUAAUGAAGCUAUAGAUCCUUGCGCCGAAGAGUGGAUUUUUGAUUGCGUGUUCCCAAGGUAUUCUCUCAUUUGGUUUCCCAACAGAGCGUCGCCACCCAGUUCGAUAAAACUUCCCCCUAUGCUCCCGGUUGAAUUAGGAGAAGGAAUUUAUAAGCCGAGAGGCCUUACCAAGUGCAUGAAAAACUUGAGUGAAAAAAUUUACAACUUCAGGUUGCUGGAAGACGGAACUCCCAAGGUAGGGAUCGACAGUUCGUCAAACUUAAUCACCCCACCCGGUAUGAGACUUGAAUUGGAUUAUCUAUAUUUUAACGAUGCAGAAUAUGUUCUUUCGACUGACAAUAAAGUCGCUGAAGACGAAACUCCCGAGACGCUUUACUACGACAAGCAGAUAGCAAACAACUUUAAUCCCGAGUCCUCGACCCGGAACAAGAUUGGAUAUGAGGACAUUAUAAAGGAUACGAGCGACAAUGUCAUCCAAAUUGCGAUAUUAACGCUGUAUCCACGACUGGGUCGAACACUCCAAAAUGCUGUUGGGUUACUAAUUGAUUACGAGGCACGGUCUAUGCCCACUCAAAUGGCUUUGUCAAACUUGCACGCAAAAAGGUUAGAGUUGAUAUGGAUAGUUACGGCAAACGAGAGUUGA